GCGGCCGCCGUAGGGCGUGGAGCGGCGCUGCCAUGGCGGCGGCAGGGCCGCCGGUGCUGCUGGGAGUCCGCGACGCCGCCAUGGCGGAGCCGUGCCGGGACGGCGGGCAGCCCCCGGGCUGGGCCACCAACAAGCUGGGCGGCCGCGCGGACGCGCUGCCCUCCGUGCGCCCGGGCUGCCCCCGCUGCGGGGCGUGCGGCGCGGCGCUGGCGCACCUGGUGCAGGUGUACUGCCCGCUGGGAGAGUCUCCCUUCCACCGCCUCGCCAACGUCUUCGCCUGCGCCGGCAGUGGCUGCCGGGGGCGGCCCCAGAGCUGGAAGGUGCUGCGCUCCCAGAGCUUGGAGGCACGAGGACGGGAGGCGCGGGGCUGCAGCUCGAAGCCGGCUGGUCAGAAAGAAGAGUGUAACUUUUCUGCAAAGGACUGGUGUGCUGAAGCAGACGACUGGGGAGGCUGCGACGGAGCAGAGUCUUACACAUCUGUCCUUCAGAUGUUGGGCCUCAACGCAGGGAUGAGCAGCUCUGCAUCUGGAGAAGCACAGUGUGUGUCACAGCUCCAAGAGCUUUGCUUGUCUGAAGCUGCAGAUGUGUCAGGUUCCCUAAAUACAGACCUCCUACCCAGGGAGGAGAUGGCGACGGCCACUUCGGCUCCCGUGUUCCACUCCUAUUACAUUAGUGUUGUGGAUGAGGCAGACUAUGCUGGUUUCCUUGAUACAGAUCAUGCAAAUAAAUUAUUGAAAGAGUAUCAGCAGAGAGAGGGUGUUGAUCUGGAACAUUUGGUGUCAGAAAGUUUUGCUGGUGAAGGUAAUAAUGAGAAGUAUGAGAAGAGUGAAGUUAGAAGUGGGGACCACACAUUCCAUAAGUUUAUGAAAAGAAUAUCUGUCUGUCCAGAGCAGAUUUUAAGAUACUCUUGGGGUGGUCAGCCUUUGUUCAUAACUUGUCCUCCAGCCAAUUUUGAUAGCAGUAUUCCAGCCUGCAAUAACUGUGGAAGCAACAGAAUAUUCGAGUUUCAGCUUAUGCCAGCACUGGUCAGCAUGCUGCGGGGUGAUGCAGAUCUGUCUGUGGAAUUUGGGACUGUUAUAGUUUAUACGUGUGAGCGGAGCUGUUGGCCAACAAAUAAUCAAAGCCCUCUGGAAGAGUUUGUAUUUGUACAAGAAGACCCUGACCAGAAAUUAUUUAAAUAAAUUAUGGGAAAUUCAAUGGGCAGUGGAUGAGAGCACCUUGCAGUCUUCCAGCAAUGAAGAUUUUCUGUAUGCUUUUACAGUGAGGGAUGUUACGUUUGCUUGACUAGACGAGUUCUGAUGGAGAUCACAUUGCAAUGAGUGGAGAAAAGGUGAGAGUUUCUGCUAGCAUUGUUCUUGCGGUUUUAAUGGAGUCUUAUUGGGGGCAUGAUUUAAGUAAGCAUC